AUGUCAGAAGAAGAACUUCAAGAAUCAGACGUUAUAUUUUCCGAUGAUUAUUUCAUAAACAGCAACAAGAAUAGCAGCAAGGAAAACAACAAAGGAAAGAAACCAGCGACGGUGAAAAAGUCAUCUCCGGUAACAAUUCCAUCGAGAACUACAUUCCGGUGGCCGGAAGUUGAAGAGGAGGAGGAUGAGAGUGAAAUGACGCCGCCACAUGUCAUCAUCGGAAAACGAAGAGUGGAGUCGCAAAUGGCGUUUUCGUUUAGUACCCUUAAAGGAAGAGACCUGAGUCGUCACCGUAUCUCGGUUCUUAGGAUGACCGGUUUUUUGGAAGCUUAA